UCUGAAGAAUGUGCAGCAACGAAAGGGCGACUACGACUCCAACCGGUGGGGUUACUGGGGGUGCAGGCCUCCUACCGUAUCCUUUAGGAGCCCUCAAACAGCUAAACGAGACUGCCACUGGUGUGCCCGCCCCCGGAAAUGCCGCCCCCAGCGGUUUGCUGCCACUGGAUCAUUACCGCCUCCAGUUAUACAAUUACGCUAUGGCGGAACGGCUGAGGUUUUCACAUCACUACCCUGCACCACUGCCCCUCUGUCCAGGUUACCCUCCAUACAACCCCCGGUUAGCCUUCUCCAUGUCUCUCUUCCACCACCGAGCACUUCAGCCAGAAGAACCAAAACCUCAACACAGCUACAUCGGUCUGAUUGCCAUGGCGAUUCUGAGCUCCCCGGAAUCGAAGCUGGUACUGUCAGAUAUCUACCAGUACAUUCUGGAUAACUACCCUUACUUCCGGUCACGAGGCCCGGGUUGGAGGAACUCCAUCAGGCACAACUUGUCUCUCAACGACUGUUUCAUCAAGGCUGGAAGAAGCGCCAACGGUAAGGGUCACUACUGGGCAAUCCAUCCCGCCAAUGUGGAAGACUUCAAGAAGGGCGACUUCAGGCGCCGCAAAGCUCAGAGGAAAGUCCGCAAGCACAUGGGGCUAGCUGUUGACGAGGAAGGCGGUGAUUCUCCCAGCCCGCCCCCAGUAGCUUCCAGCCCGCCGCCUCUUUCUACCGUACCCGGACUUUGCUGGGCACCAGGACCCACAGCGACAGCCACAGCCAUAUUCCCGCCACUAACCUGCGGGAUAACCAGGAAGCGACAGUUCGAUGUGGCCUCGCUACUCGCGCCUGACAACGGGGAGGAAUACAGCAGUUCCAGGAAACUGCCUCGGAGGUUGCAGCUGAUGGGGCAGGCGUACAUGAGUAGCGGCGAGGAGGACGGUGCCGAGGAAGACAUCGACGUUGUGACCAGUGACCAGGACGCCGAAGGGAAAGACAGGACCUCGGAACAGCAAGCAGGAGAGUCUCCGAGACAGCCGCAGAACCAGGACUCGUCUCCAUCUCUGCAGCCACCCCUUCUGUCGGCGUGGGGGCAGCAGCCACAACACCCCGCCGCGGCUCUGGCACUGCACCAGUCAGUCAUGUUCCCUGGUUCGAGCCUCGUCAGCACCAUGGAGCAGCAACUGGUGAGUCGGUACUACGAGCAGCUAGCUCAGCAGCAUAGGUUGCUCCAGCAACAGCAGCAGCAGGCUGGCUCCCAUCUCCAUGACAACGCGACGGACUCGUAA